AAUUUAUCUAUUUUAAAAAAAAAGAUAUGGGACACUGCUGGGCAAGAGAGGUUUCAGAGUCUUGGUGUUGCUUUCUAUAGAGGUGCAGAUUGUUGUGUUCUUGUCUAUGAUGUUAAUUACCUCAAGUCGUUUGAUUCUCUCGAUAAUUGGCACGACGAGUUUCUUAAACAGGCUAGUCCACGUGAUCCAAAUGCAUUCCCUUUCAUACUUGUUGGUAACAAGGUUGAUAUAGAUGGAGGAAACAGCCGAGUGGUAUCUGAGAAGAAAGCUAGAGAAUGGUGUGCUGAAAAGGGAAACAUAGUCUAUUUCGAGACAUCGGCUAAAGAAGAUNUCUGA